AUGUCAGCGAGUGAUUUGAACGUGUGGGCUCGUAGACUGAACAUUCCCAACUUUCGCGGUGUAUUUAUGCGAGAAGCGUUACCGGUCAAACCGCAUCGCAUCGAAUGCGGCAUAAUCAAUCUGGGCGAUCUGGAUUCGGACGGUACACACUGGACGUGUUACAUGAAGAUGGGUCACAGCAAAGUCUACUUCGACUCGUACGGUGACAGUCAGCCACCGCGGGAAACUAGUCCGCUACUUGGGUCCAGAGAAUCUGAUACGGGGGAAAUCUUAAAUGUGGCGAUAGAGACAUUUCAAGCUAAAUAUAAUCUCACAGUUGACGGGUCCAUGAACCCUGAAACAGAAGCAUUCAUGAAGAGACCGCGAUGCGGGAACAAAGACAAUCCUUUGCCGUAUAGAAUACUGAGCAACACCACAAAAUGGUUCAAUAAUAUAGUGACAUGGAACUGGUUGGGCAAACCACAAUACAUGCCGUUGGUUAACGCUGCUUUUGGCGUUUGGACGAGACACACUAAUCUCACGUUUUAUCGCUCGUUCUACGAUCCCAACAUUCCUAUAUCGUUGGAUUCUCUCCACGUCAUGUACGCUACUAGAUCGCCAUGUCUGUAUAAGUUCGACGGUCGCGGAUCGGUGUUGGCACACGCCUUUUUCCCAGACAUCUUGAAAAACCAGACUGAUAUUCAUUUCGACGUCGAUGAAGACUGGGACAUGACUAUGAAUCUCCCGGCACCUGGAAAAACAUCGUUCUUCUCUGUUUUGGUUCACGAGAUCGGUCACGCGUUGGGAUUGAGCCAUUCAUCACAACGAGGCGCCGUGAUGAAUCCUUACUACGAAAUUCCACCGACCACCAAAAACAUGUUCGAACUCGAUCUCGCUAAGGACGAUAUUUACGGUAUCCAAUAUCUCUAA